AUGUGGACCCGGUCGCUGCACCCCCUCUGCUCCGCGGGCCCGCCCCCACAGCCGCCACGGCCUCCUAUUGGACAAAACCACCGCCACUCAGCCGUGGCUCUGGCUCUCGCGCCACUUCCAUUGGCCGAGUCUCACUCAUUCCCUCCCCUCCCGGCCCCCCUCGGUGCCCCGACAAAACCCCGCCACGCCCGCCCUGCCAACAAGCACUAUGAACUGCUGCCAGUGGCUCACGCCGCUGUCCGUCAGCGGCUCCCCACGGAGACAUUUCCCGCCUCCUCCUCUCUUCUGCCCCAAGUCAACGCCCUCAUUGGAGGAAAGCGCGGUCGCUCGGAGCGAAACUCUGGUGGGGUCGGGUUAUUCUGGUUCGAGAAGAAAGAGGGCGGACGGUGCCGGCUUCAGAACUUCCACCAGAGGGAGAAAUCCGGGCGGGAGAAAAGGAACGCGCUCUCGCCUCCCUCCCCCGCGCCCCGCGGGGCCUGCGGUUGCCAAGGCGACAGAACUUUAUUGACAGCCCGGCUUGCUACAAAGGACUCUCCUCCCACCCUCCUAGGCCACGCCCUCUCCCACUUCCCCGGGUUCUCUCUGAAAAGGUGUCCCCACAAGCACUCUGUGGAGGCUUUCAUGCAAUACGAACCCGUGGGAAAGAGGGAUGACUGAGAAAUAGGGGCUUUGAGGACAAGACCUGACUCAUGGGUGCUCCCCUGGGGAACCCCCUUAAUUAGGAUCACCCCUUGCUUCAUUCUGAGGCAAACAUAAUUAGCAAUUCAUCAUAAUUACGUCCAGAAUAAUAAGCUCCACACUCCA